AUCCAGACAAGUUUGUUAGGAAAACCAUAUAAUGACCAGCGAGAGAGAACUUCCAGAUUCUGAAAUUGGUGGUGAGUUCUUCCGGCGCCGCCGUUGCUCCUUCGUGGCUCUCCCAUCUGGUAAUCCCUUUAUGUUCUUCCAAAUAUUUUAAUUUCUUCACCCAUUUCUUUCAAUUCUAGUUUCCCCCAUUUUCAACCCAGUAAAUGAGAAGAAUUCGUUUCGCAUAUCUUUUCUCCGCUCUUAAAACCCCAAAUUUCUUUCUCCCUGAUUGCAAACCUAAUCCCCCAAUUCAUGCGAAUUUCAUUUCUUCAGCACCAACGCCCAUUAACCCACCCUUUAUUCCCCCCUCCUUUUGCUCCAAUGCGACAACAGCGUUCGAUUCCCGUCUCACUGAUGUGGCCAAAUUGUAUACGACUGUAAUGGAUAACUCUAAUGCCUAUGAUAACUUGAAGCUAGCUUUCAGGUUUUUUACAUGGGCUGCGAAUCAACAAGAUUAUUCCCAUCAGCCUCAAGCUUAUAAUCUAACGAUUGAUAUUUUGUCCAGUACAAAGUAUAAGAUUAAACAGUUUCGAAUCGUCUGUGAUAUGCUUGAUUACAUGAAGAGGUCUAACAGGAACUCCGUCCCUGCCGAAGUUUUGCUCGACAUUUUGAGACGAUAUACCGAAAAACAUAUGACCCAUCUUCACAAAUUUGCUAAGAAGAAGCGGAUACUAGUGAAGACGCAGCCGGAGAUUAAUGCCUUUAACUUGCUGUUGGAUGCUUUGUGUAAAUGUAGUUUGGUUGAGGAUGCUGAGGUUCUGGUUAGGAGAAUGAAAGGGAGGGUUAAACCGGAUGCUAAUUCAUACAAUAUAUUGUUUUUCGGUUGGUGUAGAGUAAGGAAUCCAAAAAGAGGGAUGCUGGUUCUGGAAGAAAUGAUCCAGUUGGGCCAUACACCUGAUAGCUUUACGUACAUUACUGCUAUUGAUUCUUUUUGCAAAGCAGGAAUGGUGACGGAGGCAGCUGAACUUUUUGAGUUUAUGAGAACAAAAGGGUCGACCAUGUCUUCUCCCACAGCGAAAACUUAUGCAAUCAUGAUCGUGGCUUUAAUGCAUAACAACAGAAUGGAAGAAUGUAUUGAGCUUAUUAGUCAAAUGCUAAAUAGUGGUUGCCUACCUGAUGUUUCCACGUUCAAAGAAAUAAUAGAAGGGAUGUUGUCGGCGGGGAAGAUUGAGGAAGCUUACAAGUUCUUGGAAGAGAUGGGAAACAAAGGUUACCCACCUGAUAUAGUUACUAACAAUUGUUUCCUCAAGGUCCUUUGCGAUAAUAAAAAGUGUGCUGAAGCUUUGAGGCUAUAUCAAAGAAUGAUAGAUGUGAGUUGUAUGCCUAGUGUGCAAACCUAUAAUAUGUUGAUUUUGAUGUUCUUUCAGAUGGGUGAUCUGGAUGGGGUGUUUGAGACUUGGCAAGAGAUGGUUAAGAGGGGAUGUGCUCAAGACGUUGACACUUACUGCAUCAUGAUAGAUGGGCUUUUCAGCUGCAAUAAACUGGAAGAUGCUUGUUUUAUUUUGGAAGAUGUUGUAAACAAGGGAUUGAAAUUGCAGUACCCGAAGUUUGACUCAUUUCUGAUGCAGCUUUCAGCUAUUGGUGAUCUCCAAGCCAUACACAAACUUUCUGAGCAUAUGAGGAAGUUUUACAAUCCUGCUAUGGCAAGACGUUUUGCCUUGAAUCAGAAGCGGAAGAGUCUGAGUUUAAGAGGGAAGUAGGACAUACAAAAGUGUUUUUGGAAGCUUUACUUUCAUCAUACGGGAGUGGGAUGUGAGAUUGGUACUUGCUCAUUGGUUCACUCUUUUCAAAGUUUUGAAUACGGAGCAACAAGGAUUUUAUAGGAUAAAAAAAGUGGUACUGUGGGAGGAUUAGUUGGCUCGAAAUGUAGCAUGGAUAUCAUAAAGAGCUUCAAGCAAGCACUGACCUUGGACUAGUGUGAUUCACAUGUUCUCGUAAUCUCUGGAAGAUGUAUAUGAUCCAUGUAUACUUGUUUCAUUGUUUAUACUAGUGUUACCCCCAUAAAUUUCUAUACUGAGUUUGGAUCUGCCGCAUGGAGUGAAGUUCUGUAUUUGAUCGUGUUUACUUCAUCGUUUUCCAAUUCAGUCGAGGAACAAACACAUCACAGAAGACGU